CCGGUGUAUUCCACAACAUCCAAGAUGUCCGCCGCCAUAACCUCCCUCGUUUCCUACGGUAGCGAUUCAGAUUCAGAAAAUGAGUCUGAAUCAAAUACCAAUGCAGAGAAAGCGACCACGGCGGACCCGGACGCUUUAGCUCACCUUAAACCUUUACAGUCUGGACCAACCAUGUCUCUGGCCCUUCUCAAUUCUGCCCCGGAGGUCGCUGUUAAGGAGUCUGUUGAGACUGGCACACACCUGGAUCCUUUCUUGAAAGAAGUCUCUUUUAACCCAACAUUUGAGACCAUGUUUGCACCCGAGUUUGGGCCAACGAAUCCUUUCAAAAGCCAGCAGAUGUCCGCCCCCAGGAACAUGUUGUCUGGCUACGCAGAACCAGCCCACCUCAAUGACUUUAUGUUUGAACAGCAAAGGAGGACGUUCUCCACAUAUGGCUACGCUUUAGAUCCAUCUGUUGAUACACACCAAUCGUCCGCUACUGGCUACAUCGGUGCAGUGGAGGAGGCUGAGAAAAAUAAAGGGUUGACUGUGUUUGAGAGCGGCUCCAAGAAGGGAGAGAAAAGAAAAAAGGUCAAAGGUGGAGAUGCAGAAGAAAUCGACGGCUUCCUUGGACCGUGGGCCAAAUAUGUAGAUGAGAAAGAUGUGGCCAAACCAUCAGAGGACGAGCAGAAAGAGCUGGAUGAGAUCACAGCCAAGAGGCAGAAGAAGGGAAGGAAUGAGGAGGAUGCUCCGGCAGAAGAGAAGACCAUUCUCCACGUUAAAGACAUGUAUGAUUACCAGGGCAGGUCAUACCUCCACGUCCCACAGGAUGUGGGCAUCAACUUGCGUUCCACCGAAGCUCCAGACAAGUGUUAUCUGCCCAAGAAGCAGAUUCAUGUCUGGUCCGGACACACAAAGGGUGUCAGUGCCAUCCGACUGUUUCCCAGCUCUGGUCAUCUGCUGCUCUCCUCCUCCAUGGACUGUAAGAUCAAGCUGUGGGAAGUGUACGGUGAGAGGAGGUGCAUCCGGACAUUUAUUGGUCACAGCAAAGCAGUGCGAGACAUCUGCUUCAACAACACUGGGACGCAGUUCCUCAGCGCUGCGUACGACCGCUACCUUAAACUGUGGGACUCUGAGACAGGCCAGUGUAUCUCCCGCUUCACCAACAGAAAGGUGCCGUACUGCGUCAAGUUCAACCCGGACGAGGAGAAGCAGAACCUCUUCGUGGCCGGCAUGUCCGAUAAGAAGAUUGUCCAGUGGGACAUCAGGACUGGCGAGGUGGUCCAGGAGUACGAUCGUCACUUGGGUGCUGUCAACACCAUCACCUUCGUUGAUGAGAACCGCAGAUUUGUCAGCACGUCGGACGACAAGAGUCUCAGAGUCUGGGAGUGGGAUAUCCCCGUGGACUUCAAGUACAUCGCUGAGCCCAGUAUGCACUCCAUGCCAGCUGUGACUCUGUCUCCCAAUGGUAAAUGGCUCGCGUGUCAGUCUAUGGACAACCAGAUUCUGAUCUUCGGAGCACAAAACCGCUUCAGGCUGAACAAAAAGAAAGUCUUCAAGGGCCACAUGGUAGCCGGCUACGCCUGCCAAGUGGACUUCUCCCCAGACAUGAGCUACGUGGUGUCGGGAGACGCGGACGGAAAGCUGAACAUCUGGGACUGGAAGACCACCAAGCUCUACCACAGGAUCAAGGCUCACGACAAGGUGUGCAUCAGCGCCCUGUGGCACCCGCACGAAACGUCCAAGGUCAUCACCUGCGGCUGGGACGGACAGAUCAAACUCUGGGACUAGAUCCGUCUGUGGGGAAAUUAUGGACGGGACUCGGCAUGUUCACGAAAGACACAGAGAAGGGACCGUUCGUCCCGUGUAUUAUGAGAAAUUAGCUUUUGAGGGGGAGACUAAAGGACUGGUAUCCAGUCUCAUUGUGGAGGUGUAUUUUUGUAUCCUGUCGCCAGAGCUUUAAGUGUGUGCUGGUCUAAUAUCUGUACAAAGAGGAACACAAGAAAAAAAGUGUCUUUACUUCCCAAGUACUAGUGGAGUAACUGAGCGUUUUUAGAUUUUUUUUUUUUUUAAUUUGUAAUUUCUUGUUUGGUUCCAACUUCGUAUGUCUUUACUAAAAAAAUCUUUGCUUUCAAUUGUACGACCAUCCUCUUGUAGAAAUAAACAUUCUGUAUAUUUUAACUUUUAA